GAAAAGAACGCAUCGACCUGAAUCAGGGUGGAUUUCAUUCUGGGAGAAACAGUUUUUCAGGAAGACAGAUGAAACCACAGCAGUGUCUCCAUCACCCAGCACUGUUUUUGUGAGAGUGACGUGUUUAAAGCUCAUUCUGAAGGUUUCACUAAUUAUCCUUGACUACCAGAGCAAAGGACGCUAACUGGACCUGAACCACUGGGAACUGACUGGUUCUGGUUUCUCUCUCAGACUGACUGAAGUCCAGAAGAUGGAAGAUCUGGAUCAAAAUGAGCACAGAGCAAAACCUCCAGGCUGCAGCUGGCCUUCUAUGAGGAGUGACUGGACCAAAGAUCACACUCAAUACUUCACAUCAGAACCUGGACCCUCAGACAGAAGAGUUCAUUACCUCAGACAGAGAGCAGAACCUCCAGGAUCCAGCGCUCUGUCUAUGAGGAGUGACUGGUCCAUAGGAAACCAACCAAACUUCAGAGCAGAACCUGGACCCUCAGACAUAAGAGUUCAUUACCUCAGACAGAGAGCAGAACCUCCAGGAUCCAGCGCUCUGUCUAUGAGGAGUGACUGGUCCAUAGGAAACCAACCAAACUUCAGAGCAGAACCUGGACCCUCAGACAUAAGAGGCCAGAACCACAGACAGAGAGCAGAAUCUCCAGGAUCCAGCUGUCUGUCUAUGAGGAGUGACUGGUCCAUAGGAGGACAAGCAGACUUCAGAGCAGAAUCUCGACGAUCCAGCAGUCCAUCUAUGAGUUGUGACUGGUCCAUAGGAAGACAAGCAGACUUCAGAGCGGAAUCUCGACGAUCCAGCUGUUCAACUAUGAAGAGUGACUGGUUCAUAGGAAGACAAGCAGACUUCAGAGCAGAAUCUCGACGAUACAGCUGUCCAUCUAUGAGUUGUGACUGGUCCAUAGGAAGACAAGCAGACUUCAGAGCGGAAUCUCGACGAUCCAGCUGUUUAACUAUGAAGAGUGACUGGUUCAUAGGAAGACAAGCAGACUUCAGAGCAGAAUCUCGACGAUCCAGCUGUCCAUCUAUGAGGAGUGACUCGUACAUAGAAAAACCACCAGACUUCAGAGCAGAACCUGGACUCUCAGACAUGAAAUGGAGGAAGAGGAGCGAACCUCAGCAUGGAGAAAGACCCAGACCUGGAGCUGGACCGCUGACAGCCAAUCAGAGCAGCUGUGCAGCAGCAGAUGUUGGUUUGCAGGAGGUUCUAGAGGAACAUAAGAUCAGCCUGAGGAGGAGAUAUGAAUGUGUUACUGAAGGAAGUGAUGAAACAGGAGGUAGAACCCUCCUCAACAGGAUCUACACUGAUCUCUACAUCACCGAGGGACAGAGUGAAGAGGUUAAUACCCAACAUGAGGUGAAGCAGCUGGAGAGAGCUUCCAAGAUCCAGAACCUCCAUGAUUCUUCAAUCAGGUGCCAGGACAUCUUCAAAGCCUUCCCUGACCAACAUGGACCCAUCAGAGUGGUUCUGACCAACGGCGUCGCUGGUGUUGGAAAAACCUUCUCAGUGCAGAAGUUCACUCUGGACUGGGCAGAGGGCUUGGAGAACCAAGAUGUCAGUGUGGUGAUUCUGCUUUCCUUCAGGGAGCUGAACCUGAUCAGAGAUCAGCAGCACAGUCUUCUCACGCUGCUCUAUGCUUUCCAUCCAACCCUCCAGAAGCUCCCAGGAGAGAUGCUGGCUUUCUGGAAGCUUCUCUUCAUCUUUGAUGGCCUGGAUGAAAGCAGACUUUCUCUGGACUUCAACAAUGGGUUGCUUGUUUCUGACGUCACACAGAAGUCAUCAGUCAAAGUUCUGCUGAUAAACCUCAUCAAGGGGAACCUGCUUCCCUCGGCUCUGGUCUGGAUAACUUCCAGACCUGCAGCAGCCAAUCAGAUCCCUCCUUCCUGUGUUUCCAGGGUAACAGAAGUACGAGGCUUCACUGACGCCCAGAAGGAGGAGUACUUCAGGAGGAGGUUCAGUGAUGAAGAGAUGUCCAGCAGGAUCAUCUCCCACAUCAGGACCUCCAAGAGCCUCCACAUCAUGUGUGGGAUCCCAGUGUUCUGCUGGAUCACUUCUACGGUUCUGGAGAACCUGUUGACAGCAGAACAGAGAGGAGAGCUGCCCAAGACCAUGACUGACAUGUACUCACACUUCCUGCUGUUCCAGACCAGGAGUAAGAAGAACAAGUACCAUGAAGGACAUGAGACGAGUCCACAGGAGCUGAUGGAGGCUGACAGGGAAGUUCUCCUGAAGCUGGGGAGGCUGGCGUUAGAACAUCUGGAGAAAGGAAACAUCAUGUUCUACCAAGAGGACCUGGAGCAGUGUGGUCUGGAUGUCACAGAGGCCUCGGUGUACUCAGGAGUUUGUACAGAGAUCUUCAAAAGAGAGACCAUGAUCUUCCAGAAACCGGUCUACUGCUUUGUUCAUCUGAGCAUCCAGGAGUUUCUGGCAGCAGUCUACAUGCUCCACUGUUUCACCAGCAGGAACAGAGAGGUGGUGAAGAACUUCCUGGGAGAAACAUACAGAGAAACGUCAAUGGAGAGAUCAAUGGGAAAAAUCUUCAAAAAAACAUAUCUGAAGGACUUCAUGAAGAGAAUCAUGAAGAAAUCCCUCAGGAGUCCAAAUGGCCACCUGGACCUGUUUACUCGCUUCCUUCAUGGCCUCACUGUGGAGUCCAACCACAAACUCUUAGACUUUCUACUGGGUCAGAUGGAGAACAGUCCAAGAACCAUCCAGAGAGUCAUCAACAAUCUGAAGAAGAUGAACACUGAUAUAAUCUCUACUGACAGAAGCAUCAACAUCUUCCACUGUCUGAUGGAGAUGAAGGACCUCUCACUAUUUCAGGAGAUCCAACAGCUCCUGAAAUCAGGAAAGAAGCUCUCAGAGAUCCAGGGCUCAGCUCUGGCCCACAUGCUGCAGAUGUCAGAGUUUGUGGAUCAGUUGGACUUGGAGAAGUACAACAUAUCAGAGAGAGGACGACGUAUCCUGAUUCCAGCUGUGAGGAACUGCAGAAAGGCUCGACUUGGUGGUUUUUCUCUCAAUGAGGCUGACUGUGAAAUUGUGGCUUCAGCUCUGAACUCCAACCUUCAUCUGACUGAAGUGAUAAUAGAUGAGAUCAGAGGAGAGGAAACGUUUGGAGACACUGGAAUGAAGCAUCUGUGUGAAAUACUGGCGAGUUCAAUCUGCAAAGUGAAGAAACUGAGAUUGAAUCGCUGCAGUUUGUCAGAGAUCAGCUGCGCUUCUCUGGGCUCAGCUCUGAAGUCCAACCCCUCCUGUCUGACAGAACUGGACUUGACCUACAUCAGCUACCUGAAAGAUGAUGGAGUGAAGCAGCUCUGUGGUUUUCUCCAGUCUCCCCUCUGCAAACUACAGACAUUGAGAUUGAAGAGCUGCCGGUUGUCAGAGAUCAGCUGUGCUUCUCUGGGCUCAGCUCUGAAGUCCAAUCCCUCCUAUCUGACAGAACUGGAACUGAGCAGCAACAACAACCUGAAAGAUGGUGGAGUGAAGCAGCUCUGUGGUUUUCUCCAGUCUCCCCUCUGCAAACUACAGACAUUGAGGUUGGAUUCCUGCGGUUUAUCAAAGAUCAGCUGUGCUUCUCUGGUCUCAGCUCUGAUGUCAAACCCCUCCCAUCUGACAGAACUGGACCUGAAAUGGAACUACCUGAAGGAGUCAGAUGUUCAGCAGCUGCAGGAUCUCGUAGAGAGUCCAGACUACAAACUGCAGACUCUGUGGUGGAAGGAUUGAUAUUAGUGGAGGAGAGAAGCUGAUCUGUGCCCUGAUGAUCCUCAGAGGUUGAAGCUGCAGCAGUCUGAGUUUAAAGAGACUCUGACAGGAUCCUGAUGAUGAACUCUGAGUUUAGAGAUUUGUUUGUUUUCACUCAUUUUUUCUCUUUGUUUCCAUCAUCUCCAUAAUAUUAUAUUGAUAUUUUUUCCAUCCAAAUAAAAAUUGAGAAUAAAAUGAUAUAUAACAUGCAACAAUAUGAAAUUAAAAAAGAAUCCUGAACAGUUUCUUGUAAACCUAAGAAAGUUGUCUCUCUUUAAUUUAUUAUUCCCACUGAAGUUCCUGGAUCAGAUCUGAAAAGCUGCUCUGUCUUUCUGAUUCUCUGAGAGCUGCAGCAGUUUCAGAUGCUGAGGUAUUUUUUUGGGGUGUUACCUCUAUUUCUCAGCAUUCAUUCUGUCUCCAUGUUCACCUGCUGAAACCUUUAGAUCCUGCUGAAAAUCUUUGUUGUUCCUGCUGAUGAAACACCACUGUGGCUCAUUGUUAGAAGGUUAGCUAAAGCAGAUGUGGAGCGAUCCAGGACCUCAGAUAGACUCAGGAAGCCCUUCCAGUCCGGCCCCAGCAGGGUGGAGGAGGGCUGCUGUCAUUAAGGAGGAGCUGCUUGGA